CGCCAAUGAUAAAGCGUGAAGCAGUACAGUCGUCAUUCUGGGGCUGCGGCGUGUGUAGUACUGACUGUGACGUUCGGCGCCGUAACAUCCGGUAUUGCAUAUGGCAAGCGGUGAAGGACCAGCCGCGGGGGAUUCUCCUCUGUACCAACUCCAGUCGCUCAUCAACAUUGUCGGUCCGGAAUUUGUCAAUUCUGACCCACCAAUACGAGUACAAUGUGCUCAAGCAUCAGGCAACGAGAUAUAUGUGGGUUGCUCUAACGGUGACCUCCUCCGCUUUGCUCUACAACUAAACGUGAGCUCACCAACGCCGGACUCCUAUACUUUGCUGUCUCGACAAAGUGUCCCAAAUAAUCGACCAAUCGACGACAUCAUUCUCCUUCCAAGCCUUUCCCGUGCCCUCGUCCUUUCUGACCGCCAAAUUUUCGUAUAUAUCUUACCGAUGCUAGAUAUAAUGCCCUCGACUGCCUACAAGCCCAUUCGGCAGGUGCUGAGCAUUGCAAUUGAUGAGCAGCAGCAGCGAUAUGCGACGCGGCGAAACGGCAAUCCACCUUCACAGCCUAAUCCAAUUUCGUUUUGUGUUAUCAAACGACAGUCGGUGCUGGUUUUCCACGUGCGGGAAAAGCCCGUAUACGAGAAAGAAAUCCCGCUGCCGCUUCGUGUUCACCUCGCCAAGCGCAGCGGACCCUACAUGUGCAUCGCAGACCCCGAGAAUUACAACAUGAUAAACCUCGAGACCGCCUCCCUCAUACCACUGCUCCCCAUCUCUCAAGCCCCUUCAGAAAACCCGGAUGCAGAGGCACCGCGAGCACCGGUUGUGAAGCCUUUCAUCCUCGUCAUAACAGAGAGCGAGUUCCUCAUCUUGAGCUGGACGGGUACAACCACACUGGGCCUGUUCAUCACCGGCGAGGGCGAGCCGGUGCGGGGCACCCUGGAAUGGUCGAGCCACCCCGUAUCCGUUGCCUUCGACGACCCACAUAUCACGACGCUCCUGUCCGACGGCACAGUGGAAAUCCACAACAUUGAGACACAGGCUCUCGUACAGACCGUGCCACCGUCGUCUUCGGCGCUCACGCCUGCCGUCCCGAUCCCGACCGACAGGACGGCCCUCCUGGCAUGCUCAGCGGAUUUCGUCGUCCCGUCAACAGAGCGACAAACCAAGCUGCGGCCAACACCGGUCAAGCUGCGGCCGCCGGAAGCAAGGCCCGAGCCCGCACCUGAGGUCGCACCGGUAACGCAACCGGAAGAAGAGGAACAAGAUCAGAGUGCGACGGCUCCCACGAACGACGACCAGGGCGGCGACGAUAUUGAGCCAACACCCUACGACCUGGGAGACGCGUGAUCAUCAUGAUGUGGAUCGUUCUUGAGCCUGCAGUGUAUCACUCUCCGUAGCGAACGAAUACAAACAGUCGUUAAGUCAUAAAUUAUCUGCCGUAGUGCUGCAACCAUCAUAGACCCCGUGUGAAUCUCAUUUACUGGUUCUCGUGGUCUGCUUCUCCCCCUGCGGCCCCUCAGUGUACACGUCUUGCCCAGAGGCGGAAUGUCCGGACAGUGCGCGUCUCGAUGGUCUGCUGUUAGCGUGUCAUGCGCUCGUUGGUAAAACAGUGCAAGGGCAUUUCGUCCGUGCUUAGUCGAUGUCCGCAACGAUGCCAGUCAUGAGAGGGUCGUCCGAGACCUGGUAGAUAUCUAUCACGUCAGACGCUGAGUCAUCGCUCAUAUCCAGGAAGUCCUCGUCGUCGCCCACGUUUUCGUCUCUUCGCGUUGGGAUGUUGAGCGGCGCACCGAGGUUGCCGACGACGGAGUGCGUCGUGAGCUUGACGUCCGAUAGGUGCAGCGACGCAUCCGAGCCUGCGCGGUUCCCCCCUGACAGAGAGAUUGCGCGCAGGUUCAGCAUGAAUCGCGUGAGGCAGAUGGAGGAGAGUCUGCAACGCGAGAUGUAAUGGCUGACAUGCGCUGUCAGUAAACGAGAGUGACAUACGUGUCUGUUAGGGCAGGGAUAUUGUUGAACAUCUAAGGCACAGAGUCAG